AUGCUGUCGAAAUUGGCUGCCGGUCUUACCUUGGCAGUAACAUGCGCCAGAGCUGCGACACUCUAUUUGGCAGGCGAUUCUACCAUGGCUGCAAAUGACGGGAACGAUGCGGUCAUCGGAUGGGGAGUGUUCAUUGGGAACUAUCUUAACAUUUCGGUGGUCAACGAUGCAGUUGCUGGUAGAAGCUCCAGAAGCUAUACAGACGAAGGACGAUUCAGCACGAUUAUCGACACUGUUAAGCCUGGAGAUAUUGUCGUCAUCGAGUUUGGUCAUAAUGACGGUGGAGGUCCAUCGGCUUCAACUAGAGGGGUGUGUCCCGGGGCAGAUACAACUACUACCUGCAAUGUCAACGGGACAAUAGUGUUUACGUUCAAUAAAUACAUCGAGGACGCAGUCAACUCUCUGCAAGGCAAGUCGGCGAAAGUCAUUGUUUCCUCCCAGACGCCGGACAACCCGUAUGAUGUCGGCUUUGCACCAUCGCGUUUUGUUGGUUAUGCGCAGACCGCUGCAAAAGAUACCGGCGCGUCUUACGUUGACCAUUUCGACCUCGUCAUCGAACAAUACAGAGCUAUGAGAGAGGCGGCUGUAAAUGCCUUGUACCCCGUCGACCAUACACACACGUCUCCGACUGGCGCAGACAUUGUUGCGCAGACAUUCGUACGAGGCGUACUCUGUGACACCUCUAAUCCACUCUUCCCAUUUGUCUCCAAUAAGACUGUUGUCCCGAGCAACUGUGUCUGA